CUCUCUGAAAUCAAUAGACAUAUUAAAAAAAAAAAAAAGUACUGAUGUGAUUCCCCUAAUUCUUUUGGACCCCUGACACCAUGAGAACAUGCCCAGGCUUCCCUCCUAGAGGGAUAUGAGGGGGCUCCAAGCCAAGGUCAUCCUAGACCAUCAAGCUCUUGCCAGCAGAUGUGUCGGCUUGUGAAUAAAAAUAAAUGUUUGCUCCUCUAUGGCUCCAAAAUUGUGUGGUGGUUUCUUACACAGCAAUAACGGAGACAGUGCAUUUGCCUAAAAUUGUGGUGCCUGGGGCUGACCCAUGACUUCACUGAAAUGGUGAGCAGAUUCUUGUACUUGGGGCCACACCGGUACUAUGGGUGGCAGCCUGGAGAGGUAGUUUGGAAUCUCCAUUCCAGGUUAACGGCCCUUUAAUUGUUCCCUAAAUACAGCCUGCACACCCCUGCCUCUGUAUCUUUGUAAUUUCAUUUCUCCCGACUAGAACGGCCUUCCCUCGCUUCUCUGCCUAUUGAAAUCAUACCAGGUCUCUAAGGACCUGCUUAAAUCCAGCCUUUUCCGAAUGACCUGUGGCUGCCCUCUGCCUGCAGUGGUCGCUCCAGCCUGUUAGUUCCCAAGGUAUUUCUUGCCAGAACCAUAAAUCGGAUGGAUCCCCAACACAUGCUGCCUUUUAUGGCUACUAUUUCUUAUCUACAGUUGUUUACUAAACUAGAGCCCAAGUUCUUGGCAGGCAGGGGCCCUUCCUCUCCUUUCAUCCCCCAAGGCUUUUUCCCGUUGUUCCAAAUGAGAUAUUCUCUUCCCCUCUUGCAAGUGUCCGGAUCUCUUUAGUUGUAUGUCUUCUAGGGGACCUCGCCUGAUUUCCCUUGUGUGAUAGCUGGUCAUGUUCCUAUUUUCCGCUCACCUCCGCCGAGCUCCACCGUCACAGACAAGCUCCUGAGAGGCUUGAACUCCGUGCGCAUCUCUCGCACCUGGGAGGGUGCUGCUGCUACAGCGGCUGCUCCGGCAAGAAUCUGGUUCCUUCAUGUCUCUCUCCUCUGUCUGUAUGUUAAACGCCCUAACUCAGGCCUCCAUCAUGACUCAUGCAGAAAACUGCAAAAACCUUGUAGCUGGCCUUGUCUCCCUCAUCUUACAACUAGUUAGCAAUACGCAACAAAGAAAUUAGCUUCCCAGGAAAAUCCAGCCAGACAAUUCUGCCAAACAAACAAAGAAACACACUUUCAAUAGCUCCCCUUUGCUAAAAGCCCAACUCUUAGGCCUGCCUGCAUGGCCCAGCCUGCCUCUCUAGACCCUUCUCGCUUCACUCCAGCCUCGAACUUGACUCCAACUGGAGGGCACAGCUGAUGUGACAUUAUUCAUGCCAAACGGCAUCUCCCCAGCUGUGCCUGGCCCCUUUCCUCCCGAGGUGUUUCAUUUCACCCAGCCCAGCCCAUCCUGCCGGUCCCUGCUGCCCACCAACUUCCCCCAUUCACUUUUGGUGCCAAAUUUAUCGUUGUGCUUUCAAUGUGGAAUUCUGAUCAUCCGAGGAAGUAGAAAUUUCCUGAGAACCAAGACCGGGUUGCCAACACCUUUGUAGGUGCACAACCUACCGGAGCACCCAGAACACUGAAGUAUUAAAACAUUGUUGGAUGGGUGGGUCGAGCCAGGGACCUGCCUGAAGUGGGCCGGUUUGCUAUUGGCCUAUCUAAAUGUAGACUUGACCUAGGAACUAGUUCUCAGUGAGCUUACCCAUUGCCUUCUAAGACUAGGGUUGGAUUAAGUUGGCCAGAGUUCAGUGCCAGCUUUUAGGCUCUCCCCCGCCAUCCUUGGUCCCAGAAGAAGAGUCCCGUGAAUGUCAAAUGAUGGUGGCUGACAUUUACGUAGCACUUAACCAUGAACCAGACAUUGUUCUAAAUGUUUUAAGUAAAUUCAUUCAAUUCUCACAGCAAUCUGAUGGGAUACAUACUAUUUUAUAGAUGAGGGUUAGAAAAGGUUAAUUAACUUUUCUAAGAUCACACAGCUAUUAAAAGUAGAGCCUGUGUGCAAACCCAGGCAGCCUGUCCCCAGAUCCUGCCGUCAUCACUGUCACCUCUUGUCCCCUGAGGUUCAUGUGCUCCAGGGGCCCUCUCCCAUUUCUCUCCCAUGAUGGGAGGAGAGGUCAGAGCUAAGAAAACAUUUCUGCUUGAUUUUUAUAUUCUGUUUACUUAAAUUCCCUUGUGAUUACCUACUGAUGCAUAUUUAGCCAGGAUGAGGCCUAUAUUUUCUUAUUUUUAUCUGUAUAAACAUAGACUGACCCACGAAGAUCACCUUUUCACGUCCAAAUUGGAGCAAUUAGCAAAGAACCGUGAUGCAACCAGUUUUGCUUUUGCAAGCCACGUCUGUGUCUCAGUGGGCUGAAAACCGCACGCUUCCUCUUUGCCUUCAUAGUGAGAACAUAGCGUUUGUCACUUGGCAUCUGCACAACUUCAGUGACACCACCAGGAGAGCUCUGCCCUGGCCCCAAUGGCACGCAUCCCACGUGUGGCAUCUUUCUUUCUCUUUCUGGCUAAGCUCAGCAUUGGCCAGAGAGAAGUAACAGUUCAGAAAGGACCGCUGUUCCGAGCCGAAGGGUACCCUGUCAGCAUUGGCUGCAAUGUCACCGGCCACCAGGGACCUGCCGAGCAGCAUUUCCAGUGGUCCGUUUACCUGCCGGCAGCCCCGGCCCGAGAAAUCCAGAUCAUUAGCACCAAAGAGGCCGAUUUCUCUUACGCCAUGUAUGCUCCGCGGGUGCAGAGCAGGGACAUCUACGUGGAGAGGGUCCGGGGCAACUCGGUCUUGUUGCACAUCUCAAAGCUCCAGGCGAAGGAUUCUGGUGACUAUGAGUGUCACACACCGAACACUGAUGGAACAUACUAUGGGAGUUACAGUGCGAAGACUGCUCUAAUUGUUAUCCCAGACACGCUCUCUGCCGUCAUGAGCUCCCAGACCCUCAGUAAGGAGGAAGGUGAGCCGUUAGAACUUACCUGUGAGGCAGCCAAAGCCACAGCUCAGCAUACCCACCUGUCUGUCGCCUGGUACCUGAUGCAGGAUGGAGCGAGUCCAGCCACCACGAUUAUUUCCCUCUCCAAAGAUUUCAUGUUGAUCCCUGGGCCCUCAUACGCAGAGAGGUUCGCGCUCGGUGACGUGCGGCUCGACAAGCUUGGGGCCGCUACCUUCAGGCUGUCCAUCGGGAGCCUGCGGCCCUCGGAUCAAGGCCGGCUGUUCUGUGAGGCGACUGAGUGGAUUCAGGAUCCUGACGAAACCUGGACUUUCAUCGCAAAAAAGCAGACCGAUCAAACGGCUCUGAGGAUCCAGCCGGCAGUGAGAGAUUUUCAAGUCAACAUUACGGCUGAGAGCACGUUUACUGAAGGGAAACCCUUAGAACUGGUGUGCCUGGUAGCGGGCGGCGGCCGGGACCCGCAGCUUCAGGGCACUUGGUUCUUCAACGGUAUUGAAGUGGCCCGCAUUGACGCUGGCGGAGUCCUGGGCCUGAAGAAAGACUACGAAGAGAGGGCCAGUCAAGGACAACUCCAGGUUUCCAAGUUAAGCCCCAGGGCUUUCUCUCUCAAGAUCUUUGCUGCAGGCCCGGAGGAUGAAGGUGCCUACAGAUGCGCAGUGGCAGAGAUGGCAAGAGCUCGGAUGGGCUCCUGGCAAGAGCUUCGGAGAAAGCAGUCCCCAGACAGCCCCGUGCACCUGAGGGGGCCAGCAGCAAGAAGUGUGGUCGUGUCUGCCCAGAACAGGCAGCAAGCUGUGUGGGAAGGAGAGACACUAACCCUUCUCUGCAAGGUAGACGGAGCUGAAAGUCUCCUGUCCGUGAACUGGUGGCAUGUGCCACAGGGGCAGACACAGCCAGAGUUUGUGGCAGGCAUGGAGCAGGAUGGCAUCAUGCAACUGGGUGCCUCCUAUGGGAAACCCACUAACCACGGCCGCCCAAGGCUGGAGAAAAUGGACUGGGCCACCUUCCGGCUGGAGAUCACCUCCACCAUGGUCACGGACAGCGGUGCCUAUGAGUGCAGGGUGUCUGAGAAGACCCGGAACCAGGCCAGAGGUCUGAGCUGGACUCAGAAGAUGUCAGUCACUGUAAAAUCCCUGCAGUCAAGUUUACAAGUUAGUCUGAUGAGCCGUCAACCGCAAGUGAAAUUAACCAACACCUUUGACCUGUCCUGCGUCGUGGGGGCCGGCGACUCCGGCCUCCAGGUCCCGCUCACCGUGACGUGGCAGUUCCAGCCAGCUGGGUCUCCAGGCUUUCACCAGCUGCUUCGAGUCACUCAUAACGGCACCGUCGAAUGGGGAGACUUCCCGUCCCAGUUCCAGACGAAGACGAAGGUUUCACAGUCUUCGCUUCGUUCUCAGCUCCUAAUCCACGAUGCCACCGAGGAAGAGGCGGGAGUGUAUCGGUGUCAGGUGGAAGCUUAUGACAGAAAUUCCCUGCACGUGAAUGGCCCCGCGAGGGCUUCUGCCGUCUCUCACCCGCUGAGGAUAGUCAUCUCUUUACCAGAGAGCGAGCUGAAAGUGAAUUCAAGCAGUCAAGUCCAAGAGCUCUCCAUCAACGCCAACACCGCCGUGGACUGUCGCAUCUUGUCCCAGACCCCCGGGAACCUUCCGGUGGCCGUUACUUGGUAUUUCUCUUCCAUUUCCUCUAACACAUCCUGGCUGAAGAUCCUAGAAAUGGACCAGACCAACGUUGUGAAAUACGGAGAUGAAUUUCACACCCCUCAGAGAAAACAAAAAUUCCACGCGGAGAAAGUUUCCCAAGACGUGUUUCAGCUGCACGUCCUGAACGUGGGAGACAGCGAUCAGGGCAGAUAUCGCUGCGUGGUGCAGGAGUGGCUCUUGUCUGCAAAUGGCACUGGGUACAAGCUUGGAGAAGAGACAUCAGGUGUGACAGUCUUGAAACUCAGGCCCACAGGAAGUCAGGUUCGUGUCUCCAAAGUGCACCGGACGGAAAAUGCUACCGAGCACGGAGAGGUGGCCAUGCACUGCCGCCUGGAGAGUGCGGGCGGCCCGGCCUCCCUGUUCUCCGUGACGUGGUACUGGGCCGGAGAACAUUCUGGAAGCAGGAUGCUGGUGCACCUGCAGCAUGACAGCUUGCUGGAGUACGGCGAAGACCCGCUCCGGAGGCGCCUGCACUGUUACCGUUCGUCCCCCACAGACUUCGUCCUGAAGCUUCGUCAGGUGCAGAGGGCGGAUGCCGGGCGGUACUGGUGCAGGGUGGUGGAGUGGCAGCUCCACGGCAGCCCGAGCAAGUGGGUCAGCCACGCGUCGGACGAGUCGCCGCAUACGGUGCUCACAGUGCUGCCUUCAGAGCCCACGUUCUCCUCCAGGAUCUGCUCCUCGGCGUCUUUCAUCUAUUUCCUGCUCGUCUGUCCCGUGGCUGUGCUCGCCCUGCUCGCGUGUGUCGCCUGCAUGUGCUGGAAGGCCAGGAGGUCGUCCUCAGCGAGACUCUCGUCGCAGAGAGAACAGGCCCUCUGGGUGGACUUGGCGGGGGCUGGAGACGGGCCCCUCGCCAGGAAGGAGGAAGAGGAAGACAGUCGCCCGUGAAGGGCGCGGACUUUGCGAUGGGCCUGAGCGGACCCGGGUUCGAAUGAGCCCUGGCUCUGCCCUUCUCUGUGUCUGUGGCCUCGGGUAAGUUACCCAGGAAUCCGAGGAAACGUUUCUUGAGCGUGUACGUGGUGCCAGGCACUGUUCAGUGUUCCUUUGUGCGUGACCUCACCUACCCCUGCACCGCCCCCCCGGGUGCCCGGGAGCCGGGUGGCCUCGUUUCCCCCGUUCAUUCACCCCACCUCACCGAGGUUCAGGUUCCCCAUCUGUGAGGAGAGGAUCCCGCCCUCACACCGCCUCUGGGGGAUUGGGUGAGACGCUAUGGCCAAGCUCGGGGGCGGCUGUCCUCAGCUCUCCUCUCUUCCGUCCCUGAUUCCCUGGAAAACACCCAAGUGUCCCAUCCUGUCGCCCUGGCUCUAGGUAAUCUUUUCCCUCCAGGUGAGAGGUGUAGGAAAGGGCCUGACGUCAGCGAGGCCAGGGGACUUGGGGCUAUGCCUUUCUUUCCCAUUAAAUGACUUCCUUGGAGGCAGAAAUCCCAUCUGUAAAAGCCACUCGAGAGCUCCCCAUAGUAGGCGCUUAAUCACUGUUGGCUCUUUGAUGAAAUGAUAAAGCUUUUUGUAACCUGAGUCUCUUUGUUUUAUUUUAUUGUUUUUUCUUUUCUCUAUAAGACUUAUUGAGUCAUCACUAAGGAAAAGGUUUCUCUUUUCUUUUUUUAAAAUUUUGCAGCAGUGCUCAGUCAGCCCCCAAGGCCUCACAGCGCCCCUCUCUUCCCACACCAAAAGGCCUGUCUGGCUCCAGGCUCUCAGCCCAAUGCCUUAUUUUCUUUGACCUGACAGCACUCUGAGGCUGCUGUAGUUAUUUGGGGCAGGAGGGGCCAAUAGUGCCACCAUACCCUCCCAUUCCAGCAGGGGCUAGGAGUUCAGGGGGUCAAGCCUGGGUCCUCAGGAUCCCCUAUUCUCAGCCAGGAAAAGUCAAGAGGAUGGGAGGCUGGGAGAAGUUCGUGGCUUAAGACUUUCAACAACUGUCCCCCAGGAGAUAACAACUGUCUCUGCUAGGCCUGAGGUCCCUUAACCUUUGUUUCAAAAGCUGCUCAGGCCAGCACUGAAACUCAAUCAGUGUCACCUAACAGGCUUGAGAAAACACAUCUCCUUAUUGUCUAUGUGGCCAACAGCAUUGCUUUCACACUCGGCAAUUUGCAUUUCCAAGGAGAGCAAUUUAUUUUUAAUUAUUUCAUCAGGCACAGCCGUCCUCUCCAAACAUAAUUAGUUCCUUUGCAAGGGGAUUAUCAGGGGCUAUGAGAGCUCCCACUGUAGACCUGCUGGUUCCUUCAAUUCGCCUCCCUUUAUGGCUCCGUUAGAAAUACUCCAAGUGUUUCCUUAACUGAGACAACACAUUUGUUUCUCUCUCAGGUGAGGGAGCGUAGUAUUCAGAGAACAAAGCUAAAGUUAAGACUUCUUAGAAAGUGUGAGUAAUGUUUCCGCUCUCCAAUUUUCCCAGAAACCUAUAUUUUCAUUGGGAUAUUGAAGGGAAAGUGAGCAGAAUUGAACCCCGGUCAGAUAAUCAGUGGAUUCUGGUGCUUCCCCUCCCUCCUUCCACCACCAGUUUCUUCACCUGGAUACCUAGCCUUUCAGCUCGUAGCUCAGAUUCUACUUUUUCACGUUUGAACGACGCACAGAGGUUGCCAGAGCAGACACUCGAAUAUCUAACUGCCACCCCCAGGCCCCCAGCGGAGCCUGGGGAUGAUCACUUCCCAGUGAGGGUCCCGUGUCCGGCCUGGGAUGGGUGUGGGACCCAGUGGGGACCCAAGCUGGUACAGCCCCGCUCCCCAUGGCUGCCCCCUUGUCUGUUCUGGACGCUCUGUUUUCAGUAAUGGGAUCCGGACCACGUCGGAUUUUCUAAGAAGCCACAUCGCAGUCUUUGGCUCAUAGUGAGUUUUCAGGCACCUGAAACCCCCAGUCUUCUUUUUCCCUUUGUUGAACGUUUAGAAUAAAAUUUGUUUUCACCCA